AUGAUUGACAAUGUCGUGCAGAUUAGUUCACAAUUAGCAAAUGAUGCUGAGAAAGAACGACCAACAUGUUGCAUCUGUAAUUUACGAGCUGUUUUGACUCGAAGUGAUUCGAAAGCUAUUUUGGAUAAUGAAAUUGACAAUAAAUUACAAACAGGAUAUUUCCAUCUAAAUGAUCGACAAUUAGGUGUAUCGUUAUUAAACAAACGAAUCCAUAAAUCUUGUUACGAUAAGUUGUAUUAUGCAUCUGCAUUGAAGAGUAAACGUAGUAAGAAGAGCACCAUUAAAAUAAGAUCCAAAAGUGAUCAGGCACUACCAUCAUCGAUCCUUGUAAAAACGCCUUUUGGUAAGGACUCAAUGUACUUGUAUAAUAAUUCAAUUAGAAAAUUUUUUGAAGGCUACCGACCUCUCAAUAAUGUGGCAGCAAUAUCAUCUGGAAAUAAUCAAAGUAGUAUUACCGAUCACGAUUAUUGUUCAUCUCGAAGUACUGGUGACCAACAGCACUUAUCAGACUAUCUCGAUCAGUCUUACCUGACUAAUAUUGAUCCUAUUACACCCGUUCCAAAUUAUAAAAUGAAGAAUCAGAAAGCGGUGAAAUCAACGGAUCCAGUUGGUCGAGCAGUAUCGCCUCAGAAUAAUACUGAGUGUAUUAAUGCAACUGUCAAAGCUAUGAAUCCAUCUUCGAACAUAAGCGACUUAAAUACAGUACAAGAAGAAACAAUUGAAAUUGAUAGUACUGCUGUAUUUACACCAAAACAUUUUUGUGCAGAUGCAGGAAGAACUAAAUAUACAUUUCCAUCCAGCGGUAGUAUUAGUUCUUUCAACAAACUAGAUACGAUAAUAUCAGAAUUAAGUGAUAAUGAACAUUGUUCGAGUACUCCAGUAAUACCAAGACGAUUUUCCGAAAGGAGCCACAGCAUAGCAGCAAGCAUUUCGAAAACACAUAACAACAAUUCUUUCAUUGACGAUCCACCAGUGCCUAAUACAAGCAACUCUAGCGGUCUUGUGAUAUAUGAGUCACCAUUCGAUGAAUUAUGUGAUUGGUUAAAUGGUAUUUUGAGCACUGGUACGAUCGUUUCGAUGAUAGCUAUUCAAGAAAAGUAUACAGAAAUUUUGAACUUUCGAAACAAGACAAUAACUGAAUCAAUUGUACGAUCUUUAUAUAUUCGUAAACGUCUAGAAAAUCGUUUUCCCAAUCUACUUCAUUUCGAGACGCCGUCUGAUAAAGACGGAACGUACGUUUCUUAUAAUAAUCUAUCCUCGUAUAUUCAAUUAUCUAUAUCAAAAUCGAAAGAAUCUUCAUAUUCUGCCGUAAAAAACAGUAGUUGUAAUGAAAAGCCUUGUGAUCAAAAAGACUCAGAAUCUCUAUUCGAUGGAAUACGCAUUAUUCGAGAUUACAUAACCAUCGGUCAUCAUACCUUAAAAACAUUUGGUAACAAGACUGAAAAAUUAACUUCAUUCACGGUCGAUGAUUUCUGGACGUGUGUACCACUAUUGCUGAGAAAUGUUAUCGGAUUAAUGACAUUGAAUGACGCCGAUUUUCAAAAAGUCCAACGCAAUUAUGGUUAUUAUAAUUUAUUUUCAACUGAUCUAUUUGAGCAGUCUUCGAAAUGGUUGAAAAUUUGUUCUAUAGCUUACGACAUUAUGAAUUAUAAAAAUGAUAGAUUCUUAUCUCCAAAACAUUACAUGUUAGCAAAUGAAUUAUUGCUACACGAUCGAUCGGCUGAUCUGAUAUCAAUUUUCAAUCGAUAUGGCCAUACAUGUUCGUAUCAAACCAUUACUAAAUUGCAUCAGGACGCUGCAAAAAGAGAAGGCGAUGGUUAUCAACUUCCUAAUGAUGGCGAACUAAAGAAUUCUUCUUCUAAACCAAUACUCAUCAAGCCAUCGACUAUUGAUUCUACAUUGAUCAUUAAUGCUUCACCAUCGAGAUCUUUUAUAAACUCAACUGUUGCAACGACACCAACAAUAUCCUCGAUCAAUAGUGCUACAACCUAUAUUCCAUUCCAAGAUAAUUCUCUUGCUUUGCCAUUGUUAGCUUAUGGUUUAACUAAAUAUUAUUGCUCAGUUGUGAAUUGUGACAUGCCAUUAUUGACUGGUUUUUUCGCUACGCAUUUACAAACAAAACAAAGACCAUCACAUGUUGUAUCAUUCUGCUCGCCGAUCAAUGAUGAUCCGAGCAGUCUAACUUGUGCAGAAGUAUGUCUUAAAAUGACAAAAUGUUCGAUUAUCGACAGAAAGCUCCAACCAGAGGCGGUAUUAGUUGCCGAUGAGAAAAUAUACAGCAACUGUGUCAAGGUAAACUUUAUCGGGUUAGUUAUCUUUGCAUAUUAAAAUGUUCUUGCUUUUGCUCAUGUAGGUCAAGGAUAGUGGU